CCGCGGCGUGGAGGCUACUCCACAGCCCCGGUCGCGGAGGGGGUCAGCCAUGGCCGGCAGCCCAGGGAGCGGGGCCUCUUUGGAGGGUAUAUCCCUGGGCUCCUCUGAGGAAGCUGAGCUCCGGAGGGAAGCCAUGCAGCAAGUCCUGGACAACCUGGGAUCUCUCCCCAAUGCCACGGGAGCGGCCGAACUGGACCUGAUCUUCCUUCGAGGCAUUAUGGAAAGUCCUAUAGUGAGAUCCCUGGCCAAGGCCCAUGAGCGGCUGGAGGAGACAAAGCUGGAGGCAGUGCGGGACAACAACUUGGAGCUGGUGCAGGAAAUCCUACGGGACCUGGCGCAGCUGGCGGAGCAGAGCAGCACCGCGGCCGAGCUGGCCCGCAUCCUCCAGGAGCCCCACUUCCAGUCCCUGCUGGAGACACACGACUCUGUGGCCUCAAAGACCUAUGAGACACCACCCCCUAGCCCUGGCCUGGACCCCACGUUCAGCAACCAGCCUGUGCCUCCCGACGCUGUGCGCAUGGUGGGCAUCCGCAAGACAGCUGGAGAGCAUCUGGGCGUGACAUUCCGCGUGGAAGGUGGCGAGUUGGUGAUCGCCCGCAUUCUGCAUGGGGGCAUGGUGGCCCAGCAAGGACUCCUACAUGUAGGCGACAUAAUCAAGGAGGUGAACGGGCAGCCGGUGGGCAGCGACCCCCGCGCGCUGCAGGAGCUCCUGCGCAGCGCCAGCGGCAGCGUCAUCCUCAAGAUCUUGCCCAGCUACCAGGAGCCCCAUCUGCCCCGCCAGGUAUUUGUGAAAUGCCACUUUGACUAUGACCCGACCCGAGACAGCCUGAUCCCCUGCAAGGAGGCAGGCCUGCGCUUCAGUGCUGGGGACCUGCUUCAGAUUGUAAACCAGGACGAUGCCAACUGGUGGCAGGCAUGCCAUGUAGAAGGGGGCAGCGCAGGGCUCAUCCCCAGCCAGCUGCUGGAAGAGAAGCGGAAAGCCUUUGUCAAGCGGGACCUGGAACUGACACCCACCUCAGGGACCCUAUGUGGCAGCCUUUCAGGAAAGAAAAAGAAGAGAAUGAUGUAUUUGACCACCAAGAAUGCAGAGUUUGACCGCCAUGAGCUGCUCAUUUACGAGGAGGUGGCCCGCAUGCCCCCCUUCCGCCGGAAAACCCUGGUGCUCAUCGGGGCUCAGGGCGUGGGUCGCCGCAGCCUGAAGAACAAACUCAUCAUGUGGGAUCCAGAUCGCUACGGCACCACAGUGCCCUACACGUCCCGGAGGCCCAAGGACUCAGAACGGGAAGGCCAGGGUUACAGCUUUGUGUCCCGUGCGGAGAUGGAGGCCGACAUCCGUGCUGGGCGAUACCUGGAACAUGGUGAAUACGAGGGCAACCUGUACGGCACACGUAUCGACUCCAUCCGGGGCGUGGUGGCUGCUGGCCGGGUGUGCGUGCUGGAUGUCAACCCCCAGGCAGUGAAGGUGCUGAGAACAGCUGAGUUUGUCCCUUACGUGGUGUUCAUCGAGGCCCCUGACUUCGAGACCCUGCGGGCCAUGAACCGGGCGGCGCUGGAGAGCGGGGUGUCCACCAAGCAGCUCACGGAGGCGGACCUGAGGCGGACAGUGGAGGAGAGCAGCCGCAUCCAGAGGGGCUACGGGCACUACUUCGACCUCUGCCUGGUCAACAGCAACCUGGAGAGGACCUUCCGUGAGCUCCAGGCCGCCAUGGAGAAGCUGCGCACCGAGCCCCAGUGGGUGCCUGUCAGCUGGGUGUAUUGAGCCUGUUCACCUGGACCUCGGCUCUCUGGGUCAUAACCAAACCCUGAAUCCGUCCCCUUCCCACCCGUGACCCCCCAGCCCCCAUCCUCAGCUCCCAUCCCUGGCGCUCUGACUCUUCCUGGGUCUCGGCCCUUCAUCUGGCUUCAGCGCAGAGGCUGUACUGCCAGGGAGGUGGGUGUUCGUGGGGUACCCCUGUGCCCAGGUGCUGCCCACUCCCUACGUCCAUUGGCCACCGGAUGUCCCUCUCUGGGGGCCAGACCUUGCCCAGGAGGGUGUCAGAGUCACCUCCAUAAUGCUCAGUCCAGAGGAGAGAAAAGCUGCUUUGGGACCACGUGGUCAUAGGUACACUGCCCGCCCCCCUCCCACCAGUCCCCUGUCCAAUCACUUUUCCUCCUCUGGACUGGCCCCGCCCUCUCCCCAUUCCUAGGCUCCUCCUACUUCUCACCUCUGCAGCCUAGGAGCAGGCCUUAGGCUGGUUCCCUGUGACCAGGGGGGUACAUGACUCCCUGGCAACCAGGCAGGCCUGGGCGGUGGUGCCACCUUGGUGCCAUCCCAGAGGUUGGAGGAGCCAAAACACCAGCUAGCUGCCACAGCCAGGGAGCCGUGCGGCUCUCAGCCCCCCGCCGAACGGGGCUGGGUCCCUGCCCUUCCCUCAUCCACAGCUUUUCACUGCCGAAGUCUCUCCACGGACUUCUCCAAGGUGACCCUGACAGGGCAGCUCUUGCUCCCCGCAGGGCAAGGCUGGCAGGGGCCCUGGGCUCAGCCCAGGCUGGGAUGGGUUGGAGGCCAAGCCCCGUGAGGAGAGGAGCCUGCAACUUCUGACGAGAGAACUCCCAGCCCUCCGUGGCCUGUGGUGGGGGUAUGUCUGAGCUCCCUGUCCGUAGUUGUUGUCCGUUUUGGUCUCUCUGGCCGGGUCCAGGUGACAUGAGCGCUGCCUGAGGGCUGAGGCCAGGUGAGGGCCGGGCCGUGAGGUGUGGGCUCGGAGGACAUUUGUGCCCCAGCAGGCUCCCCGCGUGACUCCAGGGGGCGCCAUUCGCCCUGAAGUCUGCACAGUUUCCGUUUCCCCUUGCGGCGGUGCCUGGUCUGUUUCUGCCACUGGUGUGUGUGUGUGUGUCAGGCUUCGUUUUGGGAGAGGGAGAAGCAAAAGGUAGUUUUGCUUUGGAGGUUACUCUCUGGGGGCCCUCUUUUUUCAGCCCCCAUUUCUUAUGAGACCCUUAUCCCAGAUUCCAGAGGCUUGGCCCUCCCCGGCUGUCUUCCUCCAACUCUCCUAUUGUCUCCUGACCCUAAAUGCCUGCCCUCAGUCCUCGGGGAGGGCGAAGGUGUAAAAUUAGAAUCCCUUUUAAGAAAAGAAUGCUGUCCUCGACUUCCCUAGGCAUCUCAUCCCUCAUCCUUCUCUGUGACCUUUCCUGGGGUGAACCUGUCCUUGUAGGGGACCUCCCCCACUACCCCUACCCCCAGCCUUUGUGCUCCCCAGUUCUUCUGAGUGUCUAGUCUGUCUUCGCUGCAGUGUCAGCCCAAGCUGGCCCCUGAACCACUGUGUGCCCAUUUCUUAGGGAAGGGGAGGGAGAAGAAACAGAAUAUUUAUUACAAAGUUAGAAAUAUAUUUAUUAUAUUAGGGAUCUCAUUUGCAUUUGCCUAGGUAUACAAGUGAGAUGUGACAGUCAAGCCUGCUCCCAUCUCAUUUGCAUAGCUCUGCAUCCACUAUGCACCUCUACUUUCCUCUUUUCCCUUUAGUCAACGUUCUUUUAAUUUAUCCUUCAUUCAGCUCUCCCUUGCUUCACCCUCACCCUUAGCCCAAGGAGACUGGGAGUGGGAGGAAAAUGGGUGUUCUCCUGCUGGCCCGGGGCCAUGGUGUCCUUUGUCCAUCCAUCCCCACCUCACCCAGAAGACUUGGGAAUAGAGGCAGCCACCCCCUUCCCUUUGGUUACGCUCCAGAGCGCCCUGGUUAGAAGACCAUCCUCUUGGAUGGGAAUGGGCGCUAAACAUCUUGCUGAGGAGUUGGUACCUGGUUCUUCAGGGUGAAUCUCCAUGUUCACCUCUGGUGAUGCCCGAGGGCCAGGGCUGGGCCCCUCCUUUCCUGUCUCCAUCCCUCUCUGAACAGCAUCCUUCCUCCCCUGCCUCAGCCCCGCUUGAGGGACCAGGGCUGGGUUGGAACAGGUGUGUGUGCUCAUCCUCCCUCCUCCCACUGUGGACACUUCUAUUGAGGAACCUCAGGAUAAUGAGGGCCCUGUCCCCCUGUCCACACCCAGUCCCAGACCAGCUGUCCUUCCCCCGUCCCAUCCCUCAGCCAUCUAAUUCCCGAGCUUUCUCUCUGACUGGUUUUCUUUCCUUUGAUUAAAUGUGAAAGCAAAGGUUCUGGGCUCUGUUUGUCUUUUGUUGGGAUCGAGUGGAUGGCUUCGGGAAAGGUGUAGAGUCGGGGGAGCACAGCAUAGAUGAUUCUGGGAUGGAAGCUGGAGUGACAGGUCUUGUGUUCUGUGAUGUCCCACUGUUCCACACUCCCCAGCCCUGGAAGAUGCUCUGGUUGAAGGCUUGUAUCCAGGAGUCUAUGAGCAUCCAUGGGGGCCGGGGAACCCAGGGAACCCAUAGCUAAUCCACUCAGCUUUACCCAGAACUUGCUGUGUGGUCUUAGGCAGGUUCCUCUCCUUCUCUGGACCUCAGGUUCAUCCUCUGUAAGGUGUCGUGGCUUCUCCUGGGGUGAUGCUAGGAUUGGUUCUAGGUGCUGAGCAGCAGGGGCCAUAGAGAGUGGUUGAAAUGUCACCCCAAUGUCUCCAUGGGUGUGUGGUUGAGGGGUCCACCUUCCUUCCCACCUGAGUUCCUCAGGGGAUCCUAGGAUGCUCACUGAACAUUCUCAAGAAGGGCUUUGGCUGUUCCCUUCUAUGACGACCAAAUGUUGGGCUGGCUGCCUUCCUUUGAUUUCU